CUCAACACCUGGUCACCAAAGGUGUAUCGCCAUACACAACGAGUGAUCCGCUCACAACACCAUCGGCACCGGUGGCCAACGUUCAACGUUUGAAAAUUUUAGCGUUAAUUGUGAGUUUAUUACCGAUAAUCUUAAUUAAUUGAGCUUUAAACUCUUUAAAAUGAUGUGAAUUACAUUUAAUUUUGUAAUAAUCAAAAGGUGGGUUAAUUAUCUAUCAAAUAAAGUUAAAAUAAUUAAAAUCGGAUAAUUUUUAUGAAAGUUAUUGAUAAAAAACUAAGAAAAUUUCUUUAAAAAUGAUUUUUUUGUUUGUGAUUUUAAUUUGUGUGUAAUUAAUUAAUUGACGCCGUUUGAUAAAUUCAAAAUAAGUUGGCAAAGUGCGUGAUGAUGGCGGAAUUAAUAUUUGGCGAUAAAUUAGUGUGAAGCGGUUGCGCGGGCGGCGCGGCAGCGGCGAAACGCAAGAGAAGAAGAAGAAAAAAACGCACACAGAAUAGAGCGAGGAGCUGCGAGCGCAUUGCCGCCGACCGCCGGCGGCAUUCGGCGUUAGUCGCGAUCGGCACGCCGAGAGACGCGCAUCGGAGGGCGCCUACACACGACACGCCACCCCCCACACACACACCACACCACACACAUUACACACAUACACACUAUCACACACACCCGCCGCCCCCAACACACAUACCACCAAUCUGUACACACUUUCCACCUGCCCCGUGUGCCCGUGUGUCACGUGCGUGAUGCGAAGCGCGCCCGUGCCCGUGCCGCCGCCGCCAGUGACCGCGUGGUGAUCGGGGUGGCACUCCGGCGCGUGCCCCCCAACCGGACAUGGCCAGCCGCAGCCACCGCCGCCACCGCCAUCGUCAGCCGCCCGACGCCCAGCACGGCAGCACGCCGCGCCACCAGGUGCAGGUGCUGCGCCAUCGCGCCAUCGCGAGAUAAUACCGUGCGCGUCGCCGCCACCGCCGCCCACCCUCAACGAUGAUAGACUACUACUCAGCAACAAAGUGCCUCACGUAGUGAAACCGGACCCAAAAUACACCCACACACACCCAGACACACACGCAACACGCAAAUACCGCCCAUACACUGACUGACUAUACAACACUCACACCCCAAACCCACCCCCAACACACACACACACACACACACACCCUGCACCCCUUAGGGAUAUUAUGGCAGUUCACACGCGGCGCGCGCCAGUCACCGUGCUCGUCGUGCUCGUGCUCGCCGUCGUCGCCGCCGCCGGCGCCAGGGAUAGGCUACGGCAUCACGCCGCCGCCGCCGCCGCAACAAAUACUCCACAACAACGCCAGAAUCCCCUCGGGGACGAGUUGGCGCGAUCGCUUAAAGGCCUCGAGGAGGCGGUCGCGUGCCCCAACUGCCUCUACAAGCAUCACCAUCCGGCUGGUGAAGCCCGUGGUAGCACGCAGCCGGCCGCUGCCGCCGACGCGCUGAGGCUGGAGGCCAUCAAGAGGCAGAUUUUGUCAAAGCUGGGCCUUCGCCAUAAACCGAACGUAACGCUCGCGGCGUUUCCACGUGAGAUUAUCAUGGAGACGCUGUUUCGCGCCGAGGAUGGCGCGCACGAUGCGCAUGAUCCGCAUGCUCAGCAUGCUCAGCAAUCGGCGAAUCCAGCGUCCACGGGUGCUGCCGCCGCUGCUGCAACGGCGGACAACACCAUCGACGCAGAUGACUUUUACGGACGCACGUCGGAGAUUAUUUCGUUCGCCGAGCAAGGCGUCCGUGUUAACGGUAAUCGCCUGGUGGAGUUCCGCGUGAGCGCCGAAUCGUCGGGCGCCGCCGGCGGGCAAGAGUUCCGCGUGCGUUCGGCGACGCUCUGGCUCAAAGCCGACAUCCGGCACGCGCGCUCCGCCAAGUGCAAAUCCACCGAACUAUACGUCUUCAAGUUCCUGGCCGCGCUGCCACGAUCUGUCAAAAUCAACUCCAAGGAAUUUAGCGAGUUGACAGAGGAUCCAGUCGCGGUGCAGCUUGAUGAAACCGCCUCCGGCUGGCAAAAAGUCGACCUGACUCGUACAGUCCGCCAGUGGUUGGAAUCAACGGAUUCCGAUCGUCUGCGACUGUUUGUCGACUGCGCCUGCUGCAGCAAUUGGCAGGUUAGGUUAUUCAACGGUGACAGCGCAGACCCCGACCGGCCAUUCCUCGUCGUGCACACCGAUCCGACGACGACGAAACGUGUGCGAAGACGUGCGCUGGACUGCGGUGUGGACUCCGGCAACGCCUGCUGUAAGCAACGCUUCUACGUCAGUUUCAAAGAGUUAGGCUGGGAUGACUGGAUCAUCGCACCGCAAGGUUACUACGCGAAUUACUGCCGCGGUGACUGCGGCCAUCAUCGUGGCCCCGAGGCGUAUGCAACUUACCAUACGCACGUGCUCGAAGAGGUGCGCAAGACGCACCAUCUCAGUGGUAUGCAACCAUGCUGCGCGCCGUUGAAGUUCUCCAGCAUGAGUCUGAUAUAUUACGGCCCGGAUAGCAACAUCAUCAAGCGUGAUCUACCCAAGAUGGUCGUCGACGAGUGCGGCUGCCCGUAGAUGCAUCGCUGCGCGAAAACCACAAGUGCCACAAACACACACCUGCAACCCACACAACACACAUUUAAAGUGACUAUAAAAAUGAAUACCAACCAACCAAAAAAUAUUUAACAAUAUUCUAAGAUUAUCGAAAUAUAUACGAAUACACACGCAUGUUUCGAGGAACCUAUACUCUAUUGCGCAAAACAAAACAAUAAUGGCGGCACUGCACUCCACUCACACACACAUAAACACACUGUAUGUGAGUUGGAGUACAGCGCCGCCAUCGAAUAAACCUAUAAAUAUUUAAAUAUUGUAAACAAAAUUAACAAAUACGAUGAUGAUGAUAAUAAUAAACUGUAAGCUAUAAGGUAGGUAGAUUUUCUAUCGAAUUUUUCAUAAAUAUUGUUGUUGUUCAUUAUUAAAGAAAAGGGAAAACGACACACACACACACUGGCAAACACUGUUUCAACAAUAAUUAAUUAAGCAAUACUAAACAUAAAACAAGCGCUGAUAACUAUUUUAAGUUCCAACAACUAACUAACAUGUGUCGUGUGGAAAAUAAACAGGCGUACCUGUCACUAAACGCGCUUUUGACUCACCCGGUCGUCGUAUUUGCAGCUAUAGACUCUUACACAGCACAAAACAUAUCACUAAUUUCAUUUGAUAGAAUUCAACAUGCAAUUCAGUUCGAUUGACAGUAGUUUUGCGUAAAAUGACAGAAAAUGACAUUUUUAAUGGCGCGAAAUUUAAAAUUCAAACAUACCGCAUCCAUAUUAUCUAUAUGAUCUUGCAUUGACACUUUAUACAUAAAUCUUACGUUUUUUAACCUAAAAACUCACUAAAACGAUGCCGAGUGUACAAAAGCAGCGUUUAUUUUGAAUUGUACGCCGCCCAUUGUUGAUAGUUGUACAUAAAAUUGUUAAACAAACAAAACACACACACACACACCUGAAUCACACUCCAUUAAUCGAAGGCGAAACUAAUAUAUAUAGACAAUAAAAAAACCUCUUCAAAAACUUGUCUAAAAUAAAGUCUAACGGAAACAGAAAAAAAAGAAACACUGUUUCGUUUAUAUAUCUAACUCUAAUUCUUCUAUGAAAAAUGAACGCGGACAAACUAUGCUCAGUCAGAGAGUCAUCAUCCCCACUACACACACACACUACACAACAAUUAAUAAACUAAUGAUGAAUACCAAGGGGGAUGAAAACGCGCUAAACACAAAUUCACAUGAAAAACAUGAAAAACUACCUAUGUAAUAAAUGAUUUUCUCAUUUG